AUGACUUCUAUACUUUGUUUUAAUUAUCUUAAACAAUCAGGUCAAUCAAAUAGUAGGAUAGAAAUGGAUAAUGUAGAUCAAAGAGAAGGAAAUGUUGAUGAUUAUUAUGAUAUACAAGAAACAAAUUAUGCUAAUAUAUGA